UAUAUAUGAUAUGAAGUUUUAAGAUCAAACCAUCAGUUGAUAAUAGCGCGUCUGUAUUUAGGAAAAUGAUUCUAAAGUUUCUAGCUUGUUUUCUAUUGGUGUGGGUUCCCUGUCCUGCACAGAAAACCAGGUUUGAUGGCUUUUCAGUUCUCCGGGUAGUUCCUACGUCUGAGAAACAGCUACUGCUAUCAAAACAAAUUUUGGAAAAUCAAAAUCCUCUAGAGGUAGAUGUAUGGCGAUUUCCUGGAGGCGUUGAUCACAGCCUGGACAUUCAAGUAUCUCCCAAACACUUCUCUAAACUUAAUCAAACUUUGACCGAAAAUGGACUUCAGGCACAUUUAUUGAUACGAGACGUACAAACAUUGAUAUCAGAACAAGAACGAUUGAACAAGAAUGUAAAGGAAACUGCUGAUUUGUUUAAUUACGGGAAAUACCAUACACUUGAUGAGGUCAACAGUUGGAUAAAAAACAUCACAGAGUAUUAUCCCAACAUGACUACAGCCCUUAAAGUCACUCAAUCCUACGAGGGACGCACAAUUCAGUUGUUAAGGAUUUCUACAGGUGAAGGUAAUAGCAAACCUAGCUUCUUCAUCGAAGGAGGAAUUCACUCCAGGGAAUGGAUAUCACCUGCCACCGUGCUGUUUAUGGCGGGUCAAAUGCUGGAUAGAUAUUCAUCCGAUACGAGGAUUAAACAACUGGUGGAUAGUUUUGAUUGGUUUAUCCUUCCUGUAUUCAAUGUGGAUGGUUAUGAAUAUACUUGGACAAAGAAUCGUAACUGGAGGAAAACUCGUUCCAAGCAUGGAUCUUGUGUUGGAGUAGAUCCAAACAGAAACUGGGAUUAUGAAUGGUGCAAGGAAGGAGCAAGUAAGGAGCCUUGUUCGGAUCAGUAUUGUGGUCCUUCACCAUUCUCUGAAGUGGAAGUUAAAGGAGUCGCAGACUUUAUCAUGAAGAACUCUAAAAACAUUAAGGGAUUCAUAGAUUUCCACAGUUACUCACAGCUGUGGAUGACUCCGUGGGGGUACACCAAACAACUUCCUCCGGAUUUUAAGGACCAGGACAAGGGGUCCGAAUUAGCGGUGAAGGCGUUACAAAAAGUUUACGGAACCAAAUACAACCACGGCAGUAUUGCUAACGUUAUAUACGUUGCGAGCGGAAGUAGUGCUGACUGGACAUAUGGGGCGGCUAAAAUAAAAUACUCCUACGGUGUAGAGUUACGUGACACAGGAAAAUACGGCUUCCUCCUGCCACCAGAUCAGAUCAUUCCAUCUGGAACUGAGACAUUAGAGGCUCUUAUUGCUUUGGCGAAUUUUGUUGUUAAUAAUUGAUGGUUUUCAAUCAAUAAAACAGUUAAUUUUA